AUGGGGUCUCCGCCAGAGUAUAUGAGACGCCUUAGCAGUACCAUGUUUAUUGGGCAGCCACCUUUCGGCUUCGAAGGCACCGAUGAUUGUCCCGGUGACACGUACAAGAAAUUCUUGCCGCCAAGCACACCACCGCCUGACAUGCUCUACCACGAGCGGGGACACACCCCGUAUGCGGACUGUACCUCAAGCAGCGCUGUCCCCCAGCAUGCUUGGCCUUCUCCUACAGAUUUGAAGCCUGUCGACACCGUCCCGGCACUCUUCUCGUCACCGCAUGUGGUCUCUCCGCUAAGGACCAGUGGAGAUGGCACUGACAUGCCGAACAUCAGCCGCCUCAACCUCGGCGUCAGCGAUGCUACAUACACGGAUGUGGACGCUAUGAGACGAGGUGUUGACCGAUCGAACGAUAAAUGA